AUGGCAGGGCCGGUGGGGCAGGGCACAGGGGAGGAGGGGGGGGGCGCCCUGCCCUCCCUUGACCUCGAAAACACCAAGUUCCGCUGGCCGUCGUGCGGUGGUAACCGCACGGACUGGGUGCCGUGUCUGGACAAUGAGAAGGCGAUCAAGGCGCUGAGGACGAACAAGCACUAUGAGCACCGGGAGAGGCACUGCCUGCUGCCUGGGGAGAUGGAGAAGUGCUUGGUGCCGCUGCCCAAGGGGUACAAGGCGCAUGUGCCGUGGCCCGAGAGCAGGGACCAGGUGUGGUACAACAACGUGCCGCACCCAGGCCUGGCCAGCUACAAGAAGGACCAGAACUGGGUGGCCAUGGAGGGCGACAAGCUCGUGUUUCCGGGGGGCGGAACACAGUUCACCCAUGGCGCCACGGGGUACAUCAACUUUGUCCAGAAGGCCUUCCCUGACGUGGCGUGGGGCAGGCGAGUGCGGGUGAUGCUGGACAUGGGAUGCGGCGUGGCGAGCCUGUCAGCAUACCUGGAGCCCUUUGACGUGCGGGUCAUGUCCAUGGCACCCAAGGACGAGCACGAGGCACAGAUUCAACUGGCUCUAGAGCGGGGGGUGCUGGCGGUGGUGGGGGUGAUGGGCACACAACGCCUGCCCUUCUCGUCCAACUCCUUUGAUGCUGUUCACUGCGCCCGCUGCCGCGUGCCAUGGCACAUCGAUGGUGGCAUGCUGCUAUUGGAGCUGAACCGAGUGCUGCGGCCAGGGGGCUACUUCAUCUGGUCGGCCACGCCUGUGUACCGCCACAAGGGGGAUGACGAGGAGACCUGGAGCGCAAUGACCGACCUGGCUGAGCGCAUGUGCUGGACGCUCAAGGUGCGGGAGAAGGAGGACGGGCUGGACAACGUGGGAGUGGCCGUGUGGCAGAAGCCCUCUGACAACCGCUGCUACAGCGAGCGCGGUGCCGGGACGCCGCCUCCCAUGUGUGAAUCGGACGACAACCCCGAUGCUGCUUGGUACGUGCCAAUGAAGGCGUGCUUGAACCCUGUGCCGGCAUUCAAAGGAAUGCGGGCGGCACAGUGGCCCGCCAUGGGCAGGGCGAGGCUGAGGGUGGUGCCUGCGUGGCUGCAGAUGCUCAAACGAGGGGUGUUUGGCGGGCCUGCUGUUGCUGAGAUGAAACGCGACCAGAUCCACUGGAAGAAGGUUGUUGCCUUCUACGAUGCGUCCUUUGGCAUUGACUGGAGCACAGUGCGGAACGUCAUGGACAUGAACGCACACUAUGGCGGAUUCGCAGCAGAGCUGGCAGUGUCAAAGAAACCCCUGUGGGUUCUAAACGUGGUGCCCACCAGUGGACCCGACUCGCUGCCGAUCGUGUUUGAGCGCGGGCUGGUGGGAAUCUACCACGACUGGUGCGAGUCGUUCAACUCGUACCCGCGCUCCUACGACCUUCUUCAUGCCGACCACACAGUGUCGCAGGAGGUUGGCAGGUGUGACAUCACAUCUGUGUUGCUUGAGAUGGACCGUCUGCUGCGUCCAGAGGGCUGGGCUGUGUUCCGAGACCAUGCGCGCAUGGGGGGUUCCAUUCUCAACCUCGCUGCGUCCUUCCGCUGGCGCCUCAAGUUCAACAAGACUGAAGGCGGAGAGGUGCUGCUGGCGUUUCAGAAGGGCUUCUGGCGACCCAAGGAAGAGGCUUGA